CCAAAUUAAAGUGACUCUGAAGGCAAAUAAAUAAGCAGCCAAAUCCUUUAAAAGCCUCCGUUCCCAGUAACAGUGAAGUGGUAUUCCUACGUUUUUCAGACUCUUGCUCACAGAUCCGAUCCCGAUAGCCCUGCAAAUUUCAAAAUAGCCGUAGUGGGCGUCAAAAUUCGCUUAAGGAUUGAUAAGCAGCCAGGCUUAACUGGUGAACCCAAGAAACCAUCAACUCAUUCCAACUUCAACAACACCCAACGUCAAGACCACCUCGAAAUCAUUCAAGAUGGCCCGCCGCCCAGCGAGAUGUUACAGAUACUGCAAGAACAAGGUGCGUAGCGCUCUCUUCUCCAACGAUGCGACGGAAUCUGGAGGGAGGAGAUUGGGAUUUGGAUUCUGGGUGCUUUAUCGCCAUGAGGACGAAUUCCUCUCGACUCUGAGGAUGGGCAGCGCUCGCGCGGGCUUCAGGCGACCAAAUAUGGCCAUUAGCUAACAUUUCGGUUCUUGUAGCCAUACCCUAAGUCCCGGUUCAACCGUGGUGUCCCUGACCCAAAGAUCCGUAUCUUUGAUCUCGGCCGAAAGCGUGCGAACGUCGACGAGUUCCCUCUCUGCAUCCACUUGGUCUCCAACGAGUAUGAACAAUUGAGUUCCGAGGCUUUGGAAGCCGCCCGUAUUUGCGCAAACAAGUGAGUGUGCCUAUGGUGGAUUCGGCGGGGUUGAGGAUGGAAAUACUGGUCGGGACGCUGGGAUCACCAAUCAUAUUGGGGAACAAUGGGAGGAUACUUUGAAGCAUCUACUAACAAAGUUCAUCAGAUACUUGGUCAAGGUCGCCGGAAAGGAAGCCUUCCAUCUCCGUGUCCGUGUCCACCCAUUCCACGUCGUCCGUAUCAACAAGAUGUUGUCAUGUGCUGGUGCCGAUAGACUGCAAACUGGAAUGCGUGGUGCUUGGGGAAAGCCAAAUGGAAGUGUUGCCCGUGUCAACAUUGGUCAAAUCAUCUUGAGUGUCCGAACUCGUGAUUCUCGUAAGUUUCAAAGGGAUAUUUUUUAAUUCUGAUAAAGUCUAACACUCAAGUAGACCGUGCCACCGCUCUCGAGGCUCUCCGACGAUCACAAUACAAGUUCCCAGGUCGCCAAAAGAUCAUUGUCUCCAAGAACUGGGGUUUCACACCUCUCCGUCGUGAGGAGUACAUGGACAAGAAGGCCGCAGGAGCAGUCUUGGUUGAUGGUGCAUAUGUUCAAUUCUUGAGCAACCACGGAAAGUUGGCCGAUAACAUCAGACGUUUCCCAGCUGCUUUCCAGGAGGCAUAGGUUGGUUCGUUUGCAGGUUUCGAUGGGAUUAUGGGCAGAAAGGCGUAUAAAUUUGCAGUGAUAGGAUGAAAAUGCUCCUUCGCAUUCAUUCAUCUUAUUAUCAUUGUAUCUUAGGAAUUGCUACGACUUUCAUCAUCAACG